AUGUCCAAUGAAGCUGAGGAGACGGCGGCGCCGGCGAGAGCGCGGCGUCGCGACGCCCGUCCGUCGGCACCGGAAGGGCAGGCGCGCGCGGCGUCCGAGGGCGGCGCCGGACCUGCGCCCGCGUGCCGACUGCUGCGUGCGGUGCGUCCGCCGCCGCCGCCGCCGCCGCCGCCGCCGCCGCCGCCACACAUCCGGUUCCCAGGCGCGGCCGAUGCCCCUGACGCGCCGCCCCCACACCUUAACUCUUCAUCAGAUGUUCUUCCAUCACAAGAAGAUAUGACAGUAGCUUCAGCAGGACGAGUGUCUGGAGAUAGUGCAAGUGCAGCUGCUAGCCACUCACCAUCAGUUGCUCUUCCAGCCCAUGAAGAUAUGGAAGAUCUAGCUUCAGCAGCAGGUGUGUCAGGUGAUGAUGAAAGUGUUGUUGCUAGUCACUCACCUCCAGUUGCUUUCCCAGCACCAGAAGUUAUAGAAGUCCUAGCUUCAGCAACAGGUGGCUGUGCAGGUGCAGUUGCAAAUAACUCAUCAUCAGACAUUUCUACUGCAGCAGCUGCACCUCAAAGUUAA